AUGCCAGAGCCAGUCAAAAAACCAAUUUCAGCAUUUGCCAGGAAACCAAAGACUCAGGAGGCAGAAGAGGGGUCCUCUGUGAUCUUUGAGGCAGAGACCGAAAAGCCGGAUGCUAAAGUAAAAUGGCAGUGCAACUCAAAGGACAUUGCCAGCGACAGCAAAUACAUUAUCGCAGCCGACGGGAACAAGCACUCGCUCACUAUAAAAGCUAUUACCAAAGAAGACGCCAGUGUCUACGCAGUGAUCGCUGGGGGCUCAAAGGUCAAAUUUGAAUUGAAGGUGGUGUCUCAACCAGCUGAGGCCCCUGCUGAUGGAAAACCAGAAGAAGCCCCUUCUCAGCCUGCAGUAGCCCCAGUACAAGAAGAAACACCUGCCCCAGCACAAGCUGAAGAUGCACAUCCUCCAGAUACCAGACAGGACCUGACUGGACUCUUCACAGAGAAACCUCAGAGUGGAGAAGUCACUGUAGGUGAAAACAUCACAUUUGUGGCUAAAGUGAACGCUGAGUCGCUGCUGAAGAAACCCACGGUCAAAUGGUUCAAAGGGAAGUGGAUGGACCUUGCCAGCAAGUCUGGAAAACACCUGCAACUGAAGGAGACAUAUGACCGCAACACCAAGGUCUACACAUUUGAGAUGCACAUCAUUGCUGCCAAGGCUAACUUUGCUGGAGGUUAUAGAUGUGAGGUUUCAUCCAAAGAUAAGUUUGACAGCUGCAACUUUGACCUCACUGUUCAUGAGGCUCGUGCUCCAGAGGGCCUGGAUAUAAGAGCAGCUUUCAGACGCACUAGCACAGACGGAAAUGAUGACUCAGGAGAGCUGGACUUCAGUACUCUAUUAAAAAAGAGAAACAUAAGCAAGAGUCAAACCGUGCAGGUGCACACGGAGACCGAUGUGGAUGUGUGGAACAUCCUCAGCCAGGCUCCUCCUUCUGAAUAUGAAAAGAUUGCUUUUCAGUACGGAAUCACCGACCUGAGGGGCAUGCUCAAGAGGCUGAAGAAGAUGAAGAAAGAAGAAAAGAAAAGUGAAGCUUUCCUCAAAAAGCUGGAUCCUGCCUACCAAGUGUCAAAGGGCCACAAAAUAAAACUGGCUGUUGAGGUUGCCAAUUCAGAUAUUGAGGUGAAGUGGCUGAAAAAUGGGCAAGAAAUUCAACCAACUGGAAGCAAGUACAUAUUUGAGAGUGUUGGCAACAUGCGGUACCUCACCAUCAACCACUGCUCCCUGGCAGAUGAUGCAGCGUAUUCCUGUAAAGUGGGAGAUGAGAAGUGCACCACUGAGCUCUUUGUUAAAGAGCCUCCUGUCCUGAUAGUGAAAAAUCUGGAGGAUCAGAUGGUCAUGAAGGGUGAGCGGGUGGAGUUAGAGUGUGAAGUCUCAGAGGAAGGAGCAAAUGUUAAAUGGGAGAAAGAUGGUGUGGAGCUGACAAGAGACGAAUCUUUCAAGUAUCGCUUCAAGAAAGACGGCUGCAAGCACGUGCUGAUCAUUAACGAGGCCACCAAAGAAGACUGUGGCCACUACAAGGUUAAAACAAACGGUGGUGAAUCUGUGGCAGAAGUCCUGGUGCAGGAGAAAGAGCUGGAAGUCUACCAGAGCAUCGCAGACCUCACAGUGAAGGCAAAAGAUCAGGCGGUUUUCAAGUGCGAGGUGUCAGAUGAGAACGUGAGGGGAACCUGGUACAAGAAUGGCGUCGAAGUCAAGCCUGAUGCCAGAGUGAACAUCACGCAUAUUGGCAGGAUCCACAAACUGACCAUUGAUGACGUCAAACCGGAGGAUGAGGGGGACUACACAUUUGUGCCAGAUGGCUAUGCUUUCAACCUCUCUGCUAAACUAAAUUUCUUGGAGGUGAAGAUUGAUUAUGUGCCACGCCAAGAUCCUCCUAAGAUCCACCUAGACUGUUUGGGUCGCACCACCGAGUCAACCAUUGUGGUGGUGGCUGGCAACAAACUACGUCUGGACGUCCCCAUCACUGGAGACCCAGCUCCAACAGUGAUCUGGACCAAAGGAGAAAAGGUCGUCACAGAGGGAGAUGGUAGGGUCCAUGUGGAAACCACCAAGGGCCACUGUGUCUUCACUAUUGAGUGUGCUGAAAGGCAGGAUGAGGGAAUUUACUCUGUUGUGGUUCGAAACCCUGCUGGGGAAGAUACAGCAGAUAUCCACGUGAAAGUUGUCGAUGUUCCUGAUCCUCCCAUGGCUCCCACAAUCCUCAGUGUGGGUGAGGAUUCCUGUGUCGUUCAAUGGGAACCCCCUCUGUUUGACGGUGGCCAGCCAAUAAUUGGUUAUGUGCUGGAGAGAAAGAAGCUGAAGAGCUACAGGUGGAUGAGACUGAACUUUGACCCCUACCCUGAAACCACCUAUGAAGCCAAGCGUAUGAUAGAAGGUGUACCGUAUGAGAUGCGAGUCUAUGCUGUGAACAGCAUUGGUAUGUCUCGUCACAGUCCAGCCUCUCAGCCAUUUGUGCCAAUCGCUCCUACAAGCGAGCCCCUCGGACUGUGCGUCGACGACGUCAGUGACACUUCUAUCACGCUGAAGUGGCGGCGGCCUGAGAGAAUUGGCUCAGCUGACCUUGAGGGUUAUGGGAUUGAGUACUGCAAGGAGGGCACUGAUGAAUGGAUACCAGCAAUGGAGGGUCUGACAGAGAGGACGUCGACGGUGAUCAAAGGCCUCACCACCGGAGACAAGCUGCAGUUUCGUGUGCGAGCCUACAACAUGGCGGGACCCAGCGCUCCCGCCACUCUGGUUCAGCCCGUCACCAUCAGAGAGAUUAUGCAACGCCCUAAAAUUUGGCUUCCCAGAAAUCUCCGUCAGACUCUUAUCAAGAAAGUUGGAGACACCAUGAACAUCGUGAUUCCAUUUCAGGGGAAACCCAGGCCAAAAGUCACAUGGAGCAAAGAUGGGGAGCCCCUAGAUCCCACAUUAGCUAGUGUUAGGAACAGUGAAGUUGACACGAUCCUCUUCAUCCGCAAAACAGAGAGAAAACAUUCUGGGAAGUAUGAGCUCCAGGUGCAGAUUGAAAACGUGGAGGACAAAGCAGCAGUAACACUGCAGGUCGUUGACCUCCCAGGCCCUCCUGAGGCUCUAAAGAUUGUUGAUACCUGGGGUUUUAAUGUGGCGCUUGAGUGGAAGCCUCCAAAGGACAACGGAAACUGUGAAAUAACCGGUUACACCAUUCAGAAAGCCGACAAGAAGACGAUGGAAUGGUAUACAGUCCAUGAUCAGUACCGGCGAACCCAUUGUGUUGUGUCCGACCUCAUCAUGGGGAAUGAGUACGUGUUCCGAGUCUUUUCCAUAAACCUUGUGGGCCUCAGCCCAGAGCCGUACUGCACAAAAGACAGUGUUUACAUUCAGAAAACAGGUAUCAUAUACAAGCCACCCAGCUACAAGGAUCCUGACUUCACAGAGGCCCCCAAGUUCACACGCCCUUUGGUGGACCGUUCUGUCAUAGCAGGAUACAACGCCACCCUAAGCUGCGCCGUGCGAGGAAUACCAAAGCCCAAAGUAACAUGGUACAAAAACAAAAUGGACAUCUCAAAUGAAGCCAAGUACAGGAUGAUCAGUAAGCAAGGUGUCCUGACGCUGGAGAUCCGUAAGCCCUGUCCGUUUGAUGGGGGAGUGUAUACGUGCAAAGCAGUCAACGACAGCGGUGAAGACACAGUGGAGUGUAAACUGGAGGUUCGCCCUCAAAUUACUAGAGAAGAUAAGAAGGAGCCCAAGAAGAAAAAAAUUCAAGAAGCCAACUAAAGAGAAGAUGGCAUCUCAGAGUUCAGCCCCACAUCCUUCUUAUGUUUAUGUGCUGCUUUCCUCUCCUGCAGUCAUCUCACAUCAUGUUAUCCUCACUGUUAUAUUACUGUCAUGUAAACCACUGGAUGACUGAAGUGAAUGGGGCUCACUGAAUUUGCUGUUCCUUUAUUUUCAUUUUGCUAUGAGUAUUUAUUAUUAAUUAUCCCAAACAAUGAUCUUUA